UCCUCCCUUUGUUUCCCGCCGUUAGAACCAGAGAAGAAGAAGAUGCAGCAGAAACAAAGAGAUUCCUGCAGAUUUCUGUGAAGAUGGAGCACAGAGCGAUGCGCUGCUGAUCGAUCUGGACUGAUCAGCUGAUCGAUCCGGAAGUGUGACUCCUCUGUGUUCGUGGCGGAUCUGAACAGCCUCAUGUCGGAGGCUGCAGCAGCUGAGCGGCCGGAGGAUGAAGAUGGAGGAGGAGGAGGAAAGGUUACCAUGGAAACACCCAAUGCUCCAGUUUACUGCAUCUGCAGGAAACCAGACAUCAACUGUUUCAUGAUAGGCUGUGACAGCUGCACUGAGUGGUUUCAUGGUGACUGUAUCGGAGUUUCAGAGAAAGCAGCCAAAGCCAUCAGAGUGUGGUACUGUCCAUCCUGCAGAGACAGAGAUCCGUCUCUGGAGAUUAAAUACCGCCUGAAGAAGACAAGGGAGAAGGAGGAGAAGGAGGCGGACUCAGAGAGAGACGACAAAACUGACGGAGAUGGAAGCUCCACCCCCCAGCUCAGGGCUGACAGGAGGCGUGGCUCACAGAUCAAGCGUUCGGCCCGGAUGUGUGGAGAAUGUGACGCCUGUCUGAGGACAGAGGACUGCGCUCAGUGCGACUUUUGCAAAGACAUGAAGAAGUUCGGAGGUCCGAACAAGAUCCGACAGAAGUGUCGGCUGAGGCAGUGUGAGGUCCGAGCCCGGAAGAUGCUUCGCGUGCGAGACGAGGAGCUGAGUCGUGGUGGUGCCAGGGGGCGGGGCCUGUCGAGGAGAGGGGCGGGGCAUCAGACGGAGGAGGAGGAGGAGGAUGAUGAGGAAGGCUUCAGCGAGAGUGAGCUGGAGCUAUACGAGCAGUACAAGGCUGCCGGAUACAGAGACCUGGUGUGGCACAGUGAGGAGGAGGAGUCGGAGUCUCUGAGAAAGAAGGCGGUAAAGGUGAAGCACGUAAAGCGACGGGAAAAAAAGCCAGAGAAGAAGAAGUCCGUGUCUGCCCCCCGAGAGGAAGCCAGGCCGCGGCGCCACAAGGUGAAGCAGCGUCACAGGGAGCGCGUGCGGCACAGCGAGCGAGCAGAGGGCGGGGCCAAAGACGUGUCCGGGGCUCUGAGACAGUGUCUCGGUCCGGGGUGCGUCCAACCGGCGAGGACCAACUCCAAGUACUGCUCAGAGGACUGUGGCAUGAAACUUGCUGCCAAUCGUAUCUAUGAGAUCCUCCCUCAGAGAAUCCAGCAGUGGCAGCAGAGUCCAUGCGUUGCCGAGGAGAUGGGACGGAGACAGCUGGAGCGAAUCAGAAGAGAGCAGCAGGCGGCGAGACUCCGCCUCACCAUGAUGGAGAAACGAUUCCAUGAACUGGAAGGAAUCAUCUCCAACGCCAAGAUGCAGCAGGUCCAGCAGCACGAGGAGGUGACUGAAGGAGACGGUGAUGACACCGACCUCCAGAUCUUCUGUGUUUCCUGCAGUCAUCCUGUCAACCCAAAGGUGGCGCUGCGACACAUGGAGAGAUGCUACGCUAAGUACGAGAGUCAGACUUCAUUUGGCUCCAUGUAUCCAACCCGUAUAGAGGGGGCCACCCGUCUGUUCUGUGAUGUCUACAACCCUCAGAGUAAGACCUACUGUAAGCGGCUUCAGGUUCUGUGUCCUGAACACUCCAGAGAUCCGAAGGUUCCAGCCGAUGAGGUGUGCGGCUGUCCUCUGGUCAAAGACGUGUUUGAGCCGACUGGAGAGUUCUGCCGGGUCUCUAAGAGGAAGUGCAACAAGCAUUACUGCUGGGAGAAGCUGCGGAGAGCAGAGGUGGACCUGGAGCGGGUCCGAGUGUGGUAUAAACUGGACGAGCUGUUCGAGCAGGAGAGGAACCUGAGGACGGCGAUGACCAACCGAGCUGGACUGUUGGCUCUUAUGCUGCACCAGACCAUCCAGCACGACCCAAUCACCACCGACCUGCGCUCUGCAAAGGACCGGUAGACGGGUGGAGGACGCUACGGGUCGUAGACAUUCCUACAAUCUUUAGAGUUCAGAAUUAAGCUCAGUGUUCAAUCCUUUGAAAACAUUCAGUUUAACCGUAAAUCUGAUUAUGAAACACUAAAUGUAGAAAACUCUACCAAGAAAAUCAUCUGCAGCGUUUAGGAGUCAUAGUUCCACUAAUCAGGAGGUCUAGAAGGAGUCAUAGUUCCACUAAUCAGGAGGUCUAGAAGGAGUCAUAGUUCCACUAAUCAGGAGGUCUAGAAGGAGUCACAGUUCCACUGAUCAGGAGGUCUAGAAGGAGUCAUAGUUCCACUAAUCAGGAGGUCUAGGAGGAGUCAUAGUUCCACUGAUCAGGAGGUCUAGAAGGAGUCAUAGUUCCACUAAUCAGGAGGUCUAGAAGGAGUCAUAGUUCCACUAAUCAGGAGGUCUAGAAGGAGUCAUAGUUCCACUGAUCAGGAGGUCUAGAAGGAGUCAUAGUUCCACUAAUCAGAGCUCCUAAAAUGACUCCACACACAGUGAACUACUUUCUCCAUCCAGCUGUAAAAACAGACAUCAGCUGCUUCAGACUUGGUUCAGGGGUUCUCCAUGGAAACCAGAGUUAGUGUGAAGCUCAGACAGUGUGGAGGAACCUUCAGAACAUCAACCUCUAUGGACGGAGGACCAGAACUAAACCUGGUUGCUGCUCAGAACUAAACUUCUAGAUGAACAACAUGAGAAGAAGCCUGAUGGAUGCUGGAGAACAUUCUUUGGUCAGAUGAAGAUCAAUGAGUUGGGCUCAGAUGGAGUCCAGAUGUUUAGUCAGAACCUGACCAGGACUACCACAGUGGAUGGAUGGUCCUGACAGUGAAGCACGGAGGAUCAAAAAAAUGACUAAUUAUUCCCAGAAGGACUGGGUUGUCCCACCAGAACCUUUGAGGUGUUCUCCAGAGAAAGGUAGAGCAACACAACCCCUCCAGCAGAGAGCAGCUGAAGAACACAGAAGAUGUGAGCAGAAAUGAGUGGACUCUGGUUUCCUCCAUGAGGAGGACUGAAGGAGGAACCAAAGAACCUCAGCUUAGUUCCACUGAGUUCCUGCUGUGGAGCCUCAAUGUAACCACUAAUCUGACAUCAGAGACAGUACUCUAUUACUGAGAGGUAAUCUGAUUACUGUGAUACAUAGUAGAAUCAGUUACUGCUGCUCAAUGUAUGCAACAAUAACUUUGUAAAUCUGAGCUUGUUCUAAAUCACUCAGAGCUUUUUAUAAAACUCUAGAAAUAGUAAAAUCAGUGUUCAGUGACACAUUGAUAUUAUUGUUGUUAUUAUUGUUGUUAUUGCUAGUAUUAUUAUGAAGUGGGAUCAAUGUCAGAAAACUACAGAAUCAACAAUAAAUCAGGAUUACCUGAUUGCUGAGCGGAGCUGGUUGUGGGGGUGGAGUCUGUCAGCUGACUGCCUCUUCCUUUGUUUCAUUAAAACUUUAAUCAAAAUGCAGCUCAAACUUUUCACUCUAAUGUGUUUUUCUAUUGUGUGUUUUCCUGUUUCUUGUUGCUGAAUUCAUUAAAACGGAUGCUUUUAUUA